AUGGCCGCCAAGCAGUGGGGUUGGGCCGACUCUCUCAAGCAGGCAGCAGCGAUUAAAUCGGUUCCGAAGGAGUGGGUGCCGCACGUCAAGGAAACCCGCCCGUGGCCCGCACCUGCCGCGGUGCCGUGGGCUGCUGCCCCAAAUCCCUUCCAGACCUGCCACAUGUUCGAGCAAGAGUUUCAACUGCCCGUCGCAGCUAGCCCUGUAACCAGCCGCGCGACCAGUUUCGACAGCACCGAUCGCGUCGCCGCAGCCGCACCCGCCGCAGCCGCUCCCGUGCCGUUCCCCCAGCCGCAGUGGCCGACGGCGGAAUUCUUCGCGCGCGCGGGUUCCGCGGAGUGUGCGCGAGAGGGGCAAGGGGAGGUUUGCAUGGAGGCAGUGGCGACGUCGGACAUGCGCGGAGGGGAGGAGACCUUCCGCGCCGUGCCUCUUGCCCAAAGCCCCUUCCAUUUCUUCAUUCGCGAAGAUGCGGCAGCGAUGGGCGAAAUGGAGUGGGAGGUAGCGUCGCCAGUUACCACACUGAAGCGUGCGGAUUCGUUCGCCAGCAGUAGCAGCAGCGCCUCUCUCGACGCGUUCGCUCUGCCGCCCGCCGACGUCGCCACGCCGUCGCACAGCGGCGACGACAGCGGCUGCGACUUGAGCCUAUCGCUGAGAUUACCUGCCGCGUUUUGA